AUGACUUCCCCGCUUGCCACUAAUAAAAAAGAAGAAAUAAUUAAUCUCAUUAACCAAGUAUUAGGGGCGGAAGAUAAGAUAGAUAGAAAUAUUUUCUAUCAAGAAAUAGAGAAAAAUAUUAAUCCUGACCUUUCCACUGAGGAAAUAUUUAAAGUAGUUUUAUUAACUGCUACCAGUUUGUUGGAAAAAGACCCUAUUUAUGAUAAGUUAGCCAGCCAUUUCUUACUCCAAAAAACUUACUGGGAAGUAUUCGCAGAGACUUUGCCAAACCAAAGUACUUAUCAACAAUUAUUCAUUGAUAACAUUAAAUUAUUGGUAGAAAAAGACAUUUUGGAUAAACGCUUAUUGGAAUUUGACUUGGAAAAAUUAAGCCAAGCAUUAACCUCUGAGCGGGAUAAACUGUUUAAUUAUCUGGGGUUGGAAACUUUGACUGGUGACAAGGCUAAUUUAUUAAAAUAUUCAGGAGGAGUAGCAACCGACUGGACCAAUUUACGGGCUCUUGGCUCGCCGAUUGAAAGUAUUGCCACCGAAAGCACUGGUUUAAUUCCUUUCCUGAAAUUGGCUAAUGAUACUACAGGAGCCAUUAACCGCUCGGGAAGGAGGCGAGGUGCAAGCGUGGCUUAUUUAGAAGACCAUUGCGGAGUAGUUCACUGCUCUAAUCUUUGUACGGAAAUUACACUUAACACUUCGGCUCAAGAAACAGCAGUUUGUAAUCUUGGCUCAAUCAAUUUGGCUCGCCAUAUUAGUGAAGGAAAAUUAGAUGACAAUUUGUUCCAAGAAACUAUUACUACUGCUAUCCGCAUGCUUGAUAAUGUUAUUGACCUUAAUUAUUAUCCAACCAAAGAAGCAGAAUAUUCUAAUUUUCAGCAUCGGCCAAUUGGUCUGGGAAUGAUGGGUUUUCAGGAUGCUCUUUUUCAAUUGAAUAUUAACUAUAAUUCGCCAGAAGCCUUGGAAUUCACGGACCAGUUAACCGAAAAAUUUUCUUAUUCUGCCAUUUCUGCUUCUUGCCAGUUAGCUCGCGAGAGAGGAACUUAUUCCAGUUAUCGGGGUUCAAAAUGGGACCGCGGAAUUUUCCCUCUGGACACUUUAAAUUUAUUGGAAAAAGAACGAGGUUUACCAAUAAAAACUAAUCGGCAAAGUAAACUAAAUUGA